CUUGUCAAACUGAGAGAAGAAAUACCACAAACCCUUAUCUUCACUCAGUAAGAAAGAAAAAAUUGCAAAUAUGGAAAUCCCAGCGAGCAAAUGGUUAUCUGAAUUGGAAAUGGAGGAUCCUACUUUUUUCCCUCAAUACCAAACGGACUAUUCAUUUGAUGAUAAUCUCAAUUUCCAAUCCUUUUCUUCUGAGAGCUACUCUUCUUUUUCGAGUAUGAAUCCGGGAAUAAUUGACCCCAAUAUCCUUAAUUCAUGCAAGAAUGAAGCCUCUGAUCAACUCACCAAAGAAGAUUACAUCACAAGACCAGCCAAGCAGCUCAAGACCAAAAAUAGCAGCACCUGGGAGUACUCUUGCGUCAAGGAACAGAUGACAUCAGAGCCUUCUGCCUCUGCAUCCUCCCAGAUAAUCUCCUUUGACAACUCAAAUUCAUCUCCGGCUACCUCCCAGCAGUAUUAUGGUGAUCUAGGUUGCACUGUUACAUUUAAAAAUGAGGGUACCAAGAAGGUUGGUUCAUUGAGUAGAAAUCCUCUUCAUGCUCAAGAUCAUGUGAUUGCUGAAAGAAGGCGCCGAGAAAAGAUUAAUCAGCUGUACAUGGCUCUCUCAGCUCUUCUUCCUAGCCUCAAGAAGGCAGACAAGGCUACAAUCCUCGCAGAUGCCAUCAAGUAUGUGAAACAAAUUCAAGAGCGAGUGAAAAUCCUCGAGGAACAAGCAGCAAAGAAGACAGUGGAAUCAGCAAUCUUCGUGAAGAAAAUUAAAAUUUAUGCAGAGGAUGAGUCAUCUUUAUCGGACGAGAACUUCAACAGCUGCCAAGUCAACCACUCAACAUCUCUUCCUGAAAUUGAAACUAGAAUAUCAGAAAGAGACGUGCUAAUUAGAAUCCACUGCGAGAAAAACAAAGGAUGUCUAGUGAAUGUACUGAACGAGAUCGAAAGGCUUAACCUUUCUGUGGUCAGUAGUAAUGUCUUGCCAUUUGGACGUGCUACCCUCAAUAUCACCAUUGCUGCUAAGAUGGAGGAUGAAUUUUCAAUGACAACGAAGGAUCUUUUGAAGAGCAUACGGCUGGCUUUGCAGCGGUCCGUGUGACCACAUUGACAGCAUACAUUGAAAUUCACCCAUAGAUUGGAGAACAUAAGAAAUUAAUAAGUUUGUAGAGCUUGUUAACGUAUUUAAUUUUCCGCUCCUUUGCAGAAUAACUUCUAUUUUCCAUA